AAGACUGCUAUCAAUGUGGGGUUGAGUGUUCCGCUUCGUUAUCUGCUUGAAUUGACUAGAGAUAGUCAAGCAAUUGCUCUCGACGCUGCAAGAGAUUUUCGUCCCCGUCUUCGAGAUUAAUUACAGUCAAGCAUCUUCACGGUAUUACUCACAGAUGGAGUACCUCUCUGAAAUCAGCGGUCCCUCCAUAGCAAUCGCCUCAGCUCUUUCAGCCGCUGCGGGCGCUUAUAUCAAUGCCAAAUUCUCGGUCUCUAGUGACCUGGCAUCGCUAUACAAUGAACGGUCAUGGACAAAUCGCCUAGGCCAGCGGAUCGCCCAAUUGGGAGACACUACCACGAUAUAUAAGAUGCUAGAACGGGUGGUGGAAAUUGAGGGACACGGUUCAGCUGAAGCCCUGUGGUUUGAACACAGGACAUGGACAUAUACUCAGCUAAAAGACCUUGUUGAUAGAUUUGCGGCUCUCCUUCAUACCAAGGAUAUCCACCCAGGGGAUUACGUUGGUGUUUUCACCACUAACUCCCCAGAAAUGGUGGUGGCGAUCUAUGCACUCUCUAAACUGGGAGCCAUUGCUGCUCUCAUAAACACCAACCUGCGUGAUGAUACCUUUAUUCACUGCCUCCGUGUCUCCGGAAGUAAAUACAUUAUCUCAACGCCUGACAUAUCGCAGUUUGUGUGCUCCGAUUUGCCUCAUUCAGCGUUAAAUCUAUCUGCUUUUGAUGGCGUCUCUGCGGGAACGACAGCGAUAAUCACCUUGACAAAUUUGCAACAACAGUCUCUCUCAGGACUGACCGCCGCCAAGAGGUCUAUAGGCGAUUUGAGCGCACUGAUCUACACCUCAGGGACUACGGGAAAGCCCAAGGCUUGUGCUAUCCGCAAUAUGAUGGCGCUUAUUACCUCCAACCCUCAUACUAUAGACGUCAACAACCGCUCCAAGUACUACCCGCUGCGCACUUACUCCCCUCUUCCGCUCUUCCAUGGCACCGCCUACUUCACAGGUAUAUGCUACUCGGUUGGGAAUGCAGGCACUCUGUGUCUUCGCCGGAAGUUCUCCGCUUCUCAGUUCUGGAAGGAUGUUCAUGAUUCGAGAGCAACACGUAUUCUAUAUAUCGGCGAGCUCUGCAGGUAUCUACUGUCGACCCCCCCAUCUCCAUAUGAUCGGGAUCAUGCUUGCAUUGUUGCAAGCGGCAACGGAUUGCGUGGAGAGAUUUGGGAGCGCUUCCGCGAACGAUUCGGGGUCCCUGAAAUUCGUGAAUUCUAUCGGUCAACAGAGGGGGUGGCAAAAUUUGACAAUUGGGGAGUAGGAGCAUGGGGCGCUGGGAAGGUUGGAUUUUCCGGUCCAAUCAAACGGCUUUUGGAAGACGACACAUAUAUUGUGAGGUACGAUACUGAGACAGAGGCACCCUACCGGGACCCCAAGACGGGAUUUUGUAUUCAGGCCAAACUUGGUGAGGAAGGAGAGGCAAUUGGCCGGGUGAAGAGCCGAGGCCUGCUCACGGAAUAUCUCCAUAAUAAAGAUGCGACAGAGACCAAGCUCCUUCGGAACGUCUUCAAGGAUGGCGACCUCUUCCAACGCACUGGUGAUCUGGUCGUGAGGGACCAUGAUGGCUGGGUCAGGUUCCAGGACCGUGUGGGAGAUACCUUUCGGUGGAAAGGGGAGAAUGUCAGCGCCGGAGAGAUCCGAGAUCAUAUUUGCCGGCUACCAUCCAUCCACGAUGCGGUUGUUUAUGGCGUGAAAUUGAACGGCUAUGACGGUCAAGCUGGCGCAGCUGGCAUCACUCUUGAGGAUGCAUCUCCUGCAACCGAGGAAAGUGUCAUGGUCAGCCUAUAUUCGGAGUUGAAGAAGAAGGGGGUACCGUCCUACGCGUUCCCGCGCCUUGUUCGACUCACGGACAAGGUGGAAACCGGGGUAACCUUCAAGCAAGCCAAAGGGGCGUUGACCAAGAAGGGGUGGGACCCUCGGACGGACUGGGGCGGGGAUAAGCUGUACUGGCUCAACGGCACGGCCUACCAGAAGCUCGAUGGGCAGAGUUGGAUGUCGAUAGAAAGCGGGCAAGCGAAGCUGUAGAUGCAGUAUUGCAGUAUCUCUUAUACAUGGGGAGUAGUAGACACUGUUUACAAUGGAUACAAGGCGCAGACCCAGGAAUGCAUCGUCACUUGCUAGCAAUGUGGUGAAUUGACCCCAACAUUUUUGGUCAUGCAGGCACCAUGUUACAUUGUUGACGUGCCCCUCCAAGUCUUGGUGGUCUUGCUCAACCCCAAGAUUAUUUUGCGGAAGCGAGUCUACCGAGUCAGUCGCCUUGGGUGUUAUCGUGCUAUCGUGCUAUCUAUCGGGCCUUAUCUCC